AUGUUCAUAUUACUCUCAACUUACAUUCUAAGAAUAAUUUUGCUACAUCUUGACACUAUUGAUGUUUUAUGUUUUCUCUUAGUAAGCAGAAGCAUCUUCUCACUUCAAAAACUCAUCGCACCGUCACUGAAGCACCACUUUGGAGCUAUACCAUCAUCAUCACAACAACCGACACCGAAGAAAGAAAGCCUAUAUACAUACCUGUCUACAUAUUCUAAAGAGCUCUCAAAACAAAACCCUUGGAGUUUUCAUGAGCUUCCUCAARCCGGUGAAGAUUUACCACAAUUAUCACUGCCCUAUUUCAACAAACCUCUUCAAGUUGGACAAAUACCUAUGUCAGUGACACAACUGUCACUUGGUCAAUUCGAUCAACCUCUUCUGGUUGGGCAUAUACCUCAGUCAGUGACUCAGUUAUCAAUGAGAUGUUUCGAUCGACCACUUCAAGUUGGACACAUACCACAAUCAGUGACUCAGUUAUCAAUGAGAUGUUUCGAUCGACCACUUCAAGUUGGACACAUACCACAAUCAGUGGUACAACUGUCACUUGAUCAUUUCAAACAGCCACUUCAAGUUGGACACAUACCACAAUCAGUGGUACAACUGUCACUUGAUCRUUUCGACCAGCCACUUCAAGUUGGACACAUACCACAAUCAGUGACACAAUUGUCGAUUGAUGGUGUAUUCGACCAGCCACUCCAACCUGGACACAUACCACAAUCAGUGACACAUUUGUCAAUGCACUUAUUCCACCAUCCACUCCAACCUGGACACAUACCACAAUCAGUGACACAUUUGUCAAUGAAUAAUUUCAACCAGCCACUCAAAGUUGGACACAUACCACAAUCAGUAACACAAUUAUCAAUGGACAGAUUCAACCAACCACUCCAAGUUGGACACAUACCACAAUCAGUGACACAACUGUCACUUUGUGAAUUCGAUCAACCACUUCAAGUCGGACAUUUUCCACCGUCAGUGAUACAUCUGGAAUUGAUACUUUUCAAUCAUCCUCUCCAAGUUGGACACAUGCCACAAUAUGUUUCAAGUUUAACUUUUGGCAGAGAGUUCAAUCAACUUCUCAAAACAGAGUACAUUCCAUCAGUUAGAUCACUGUCUAUUCAAUGCCCGCAAUUUUCUCCCGAGAAUAUCAGUUUGCUUGGACACAGCUAUCUCAAUGAGCUUAGUAUUGUCCACGUAGCUACAAAAAGCAAUUGUAAAUCUGUUGAGCCAUCCUCACUUUUACACCAGGAGACAAUUUCACAUUUUUCAAAGAUGAAUACUCUUUCGCACUUAAUCGUCAAGAUCAAGCCGAGAAAGACGACGCUCAAAGGAAUAGAUGGUGGGAUGCCAUUCUCUAUUUUGUAUUCAUUGCUCAAGUUUAUUCCAACAAUCACUCUACAAUUCUGCUUUCGGUCUAGUGAUGCCUUUGACUUUGAAAUCAUUUGGAGACUGAUUGACGACAAAACAGCACUACUAGUCCCUAUAUCGGAUGCGGAUGAUAAUGGAAUUGUACUAUUUUGGAAGUUUGCAACAAAACCAAUACGCAAUCCUUGGUCUCAGGCCGCCACAUUUAAGACUUCAACUGUGUCACAAGCCGAGCCCAACCCCUUGCGUACUCUUACUCUCCCGAACGAUGAUGUGGCUCAACUCAGAGAGUUCCUGAAGGGGAAAACGAUAAUUCAGAUGUCCAGGCUUACAAAGGACAAGCUAAGCCAAUAUCUAACAAUAUUUGGUAUACCAACAACCUCAGAUACACAAUUGACUAAUCUAAAGUUGGCAAAAGUACUAUCCAAGGUAUUAAGUGAUCAUAAAAAU